AUGCCUCUCAAUGAUGACCAGACCAGCGAUUCAGAUUCUUCACGCCUCUCUGAAAGCACGGCUUCUUCCGGUGACUCUGAGUAUUCAAGACAGAGCUUUAACAGUGAUUCUUCAAGCAAACCCAGUUCUCCGGCAUCAGCAAGCCCUCCCAAGAUUAUUACAUUUGAUGAACUGAUGGCAGCUGCAAGAAAUUUGACAGACUUGACUCUAGCUCAUGAAAUUGCUGUAAAUGCAAAUUUUUGCAUAAAACAGGAAGACUUACCACAGAACAGCUUUGCAGGCACAGUGAAACAAAUUGUGCACAAGGCAUUUUGGGAUCAUUUGGAAUCAGAACUGAAUGAAGAUCCUCCAGAGUAUGAACAUGCUAUCAAGCUCUUUGAGGAAAUUAAAGAGAUUCUUCUUUCCUUCCUGACUCCUGGAGCAAACAGGAUUCAAAAUCAAAUUUGUGAAGUUCUAGAUACAGAUCUUAUAAGACAGCAGGCAGAACAUAAUGCUGUUGAUAUUCAUGGGCUAGCUAACUAUAUCAUCAACACUAUGGGAAAGUUAUGUGCUCCAAUAAGAGACAACGAUAUAAAACAGUUAAAAGCUACUGACAAUAUCGUAGAAUUACUGAGACAAAUAUUCCGUGUUUUGGACCUGAUGAAAGUGGAUAUGGCUAAUUACACAAUUCAAAACCUUAGGCCAUACCUUCAGCGUAACUUGGUGGACUAUGAAAGAACAAAAUUUCAGGAAAUUCUUGAAGAAACACCAAGUGCCCUGGACCUCACAACAGAAUGGAUAAAGGACUCGAUAGAAGAUGAAUUGUCAUCUAUUUCUGAUGAAUCGUCAUCAUCCCCUGGUGCUGAUAGUAGUUCUAAACCAAUUAUUAGUCCUACGCUGGUGCUAAACAAUGGCUACUUGAAACUGUUACAAUGGGAUUAUUGCAAAACAAUUCCAGAGACUCUAACAACAGAUGAAGUUCGUCUUCAGGAGUUGAGAGAAAAGCUCAAUCAAUUAAAAAUCAUAGCUUGUGUUUGUCUCAUAACAAACAAUAUGGUGGGUGCAGCAAUUGUAGAUGCGCCUGAUUUUGCUGACCAACUGAAGAGAAUCUCCGUUCCCCUUCUUGAAGGCAUGAACAAGAAAACCUUUGACUUGAAGGAGGCUCUGAAUGCUAUUGGUGUCCAGGUUUGCAGCAAAGUGAACAGGUCUCUAACUGAAAGAGGUCUUCCUACUCUUAAUGAAGAAAUGCAGAGUAAUUUAGUGGGUCAAAUUGCUCAUAUUGUUGAGGAGAAUAAUCCCGUCAGUUCCUUGAUUGACAAACGAAUCCAGUUCUUCAUGAGAAGCUUGCUUGCUCUUCCAAAACAGAAGGGAAUGCCUACUGUGCCAGGUGGCCUUUCCGUGAUUCAGACGGAGAUGGAAUUUCUUGGAUCUCAGUACGCAAGCAUUGUAAACUUUAAUAAACAAGUAUAUGGACCGUUCUAUGCAAACAUACUUAGAAAACUGCUUUUUCCUGAGGCACCAAUGGGGAAAGCAGAAACAGAAACACCUACCAAUUAAAAAAAUAGGACCUAUUUCUGUACUGCUUUUUUUACCUUU